AUGUGGCUGCCAAUCAAGUCGCCUGCUGACGCCAGUACUCGGACGCCGGGCCAGUCAUUGCCAAAGCCUCGUCUGCGCAUCAAGCCUGCAUCUGCUGCGGUUGGCUGCCGCUCCGGCCCCCCGUCACCCCCUGCCCUGACGUGCUUCUGCCUGGCCGGGCCCUACAAGGCCCCCCGUUCGCCCGCGCUGGAGCCGCUGGAAGCUUCCCGCCCCUCCCCCACCGGGGUCAGUGGUGCGGCUGCUGCUGCUGGUCCCGCUCGUCAGGUCGGCCCGUCCACGGCUGUCAAGCUCCAAAGUCGACUCGCCCGCAGCCCCAUCGCUGCCUUCAUAAGUCGUCAUUUUUCCAACGCCCCAUGGCCCUUCUCUUCCCGGCUUCGCCAACAACCUCUCCUCAUGGCGGCCGAGCACAGGCCCGAGACCGCCUCGGAGGGGGUCUCGGAGGAGCGCACCGAGCCGUUUUCUCAAUCCGAAAUAGAUGCCCGCUUCAACCGCUUCGGCGUCGAGGACGCGGGCGCCGGCCCUCAUGACGAGACGGUUUCGUUAGACGACCUGCAUGUCGAGGACCACCAUCACAGGCAGGGCAUCCGUAUCCUCGUGCGGCCCCUCACAAAGUCGAGCGGUACACGACCCAUGAAUCCCGGAAGCGACAAUUGCCGCUGGCUCGCGCUCCGUGCCGAAGUUGCCUCGUCCGACCAGCCCGAGCACAAGGUGCUUGCUGUGACUCAGACGUCCAAAGAUAUCAAGUUUUCCGUCCGCAUUCCAGGAGACAACCAGGACGAUGCCUCACGCCCACCUCUGUGGUGCGAGCUGUACUACGAUCCCGCCAGCGACAAGGUCAUUUUUCUGAACAAGUCCGAUGUUCCCAUCUCGCUGCACAAAUUGUCGCAAACCACCACGGGGAGCCCGCCUCCGGAUGAAUCUUACAUCAUCAACCCCAUCUUCAUGAAUGCGUUACGACCAGGAACGUGGCGCAUCAAGGUUCGCGAAAUCGCCGUCUUGGACUUUCGCAUUCUGGAAAAGCGACCCGUCACGUUGUACCAGGCGCGGACUGCGCUGCCCCGCCAGCCAUCGUCGCUCGCCGACUUGGGCCGCACCCCCAGCACGAAGAGGGCCUUGAGCCCCGACGAAGGCGACAGGAGAGCCAAGCGUCGCAUCUCGGAUGCUUCCAGCGAGGCCGACGACGGGGUCAUCAUGUUUCUCCGUCCUGCCGCCGACCCGCUCGUGUUUCCCCUGCCAAACGGGAGGGAAAGGAAGGAGCUCUCUGCCGCAACAGGGCACGCGCUCCUAGAUGCCGACAAGGGCGACACCAUUGCCGUGCCGAGCGUGUGUGAGGUGGACGAGUACUACCUGACGAAGCGAGACCCGAUUGCCUCGACCGCCCUGUCCGCCGUCUACACGGCAGAUUACUCCAACGCCCCGGACAAGAUUGUGACGGUGAAGGUCCUCAAGACGAGGGUGGCAAACGCGGGCGACAAGCCCUUCGUGCACGAGCGCAACAUCAUCCGCCAGGCAGACAUGUGGCUGCGCGAAAGCCAGAGCCAGGAGAGCCUGCAACACGAGUCCAUUGUCCGAUACUACGGCGGAGACGCGCGCUAUCUCUCGCUGUACAUGGAACACAUCGACGCGCCAGAUCUGACGGCCCCGAACCGGUGGAGGAACAAGCAGACGGACUUCUUCACGGGGACGCGGCACGACGCGAUGCGCAUCCUGCGCGACAUUGCCGGCGCCCUCGGCUACAUCCACGACAGGCAGCUGGUGCACAACGACGUCAAGCCAGGCAACAUCCUGUACUCGCCCGAGCGGGGAGCCGUGCUCUGCGACUUUGGGCUCUCGACGCCGGCCGCCAACUCCCCGUCGAGCGGGGGCACGCCGUACUACGUGCCCCCCGAGUUCAUCGGGACAAACAUGCGCGGCCCCGCGUCGGACGUCUGGGCCCUGGGCAUCACCAUGCUGUACGCCCUGCGCGAGAUCUCGUUCCCCGACAGCAGGGCGGGGCGUCAACAUCCAAGGCCGCUGUACUGGCUCAUCUCGGGCGUUAACAACCCCGGCGCGCCUCACAAGCACGGCAACGGCCGCCCUGCCGCCAGUCAGAUGCGCGCCUGGCUGGAGGAGAUAUUCGAGGCGAGAGGGCGUCUCAACCCGGCGGACCGCCUGGAGCGCCUGGUCAAGGACAUGCUGACGCCGAACCCUAACCACCGCAUCACCAUGGACAAGGUGUGGCAGGAGUUGUUGAUUGAUGAUGCGCCAGCAAAGGCUGGGUGA